CGUGAGUGCAUCUCCAUCCACGUUGGCCAGGCUGGCGUCCAGAUCGGCAACGCCUGCUGGGAGCUCUACUGCCUGGAACAUGGCAUCCAGCCCGAUGGCAAGAUGCCAAGUGACAAGACCAUUGGUGGUGGAGACGACUCCUUCAACACCUUCUUCAGCGAGACUGGUGCUGGCAAACACGUGCCCAGGGCCGUGUUUGUAGACCUGGAACCCACAGUCGUGGAUGAAGUGCGCACAGGUACCUACCGCCAGCUCUUCCACCCUGAGCAGCUCAUCACAGGCAAGGAGGAUGCUGCCAAUAACUAUGCCCGUGGGCACUACACCAUCGGCAAGGAGAUCAUUGACCUGGUCUUAGACCGAAUUCGGAAACUGGCUGACCAGUGCACAGGUCUGCAGGGCUUCCUGGUUUUCCACAGCUUUGGCGGGGGCACCGGCUCCGGGUUCACCUCCCUGCUGAUGGAGCGUCUCUCCGUUGACUAUGGCAAGAAGUCCAAGCUGGAGUUCUCCAUUUACCCAGCCCCGCAGGUCUCCACAGCUGUCGUAGAGCCUUACAACUCCAUCCUCACCACCCACACCACCCUGGAGCACUCUGACUGUGCCUUCAUGGUAGACAACGAGGCCAUCUAUGACAUCUGUCGUAGAAACCUCGAUAUUGAGCGCCCCACCUACACUAACCUCAACCGCCUCAUUAGCCAGAUUGUGUCUUCCAUCACGGCUUCCCUCAGAUUUGAUGGAGCCCUGAAUGUCGAUCUGACCGAGUUCCAGACCAACCUGGUGCCCUACCCCCGCAUCCACUUCCCUCUGGCCACCUACGCCCCCGUCAUCUCCGCCGAGAAGGCCUACCACGAACAGCUCACCGUGGCCGAGAUCACCAACGCCUGCUUUGACGCUCCUGCAACCUGGAGUUUGGCCCUCACCCAGCUCACAGGCCGACUGCACACGUCGCGCUGGCUUCUGACCAGCAGGUGGCAGCAACGUAUCUCUAUUUCACAGACCAGCAACCGAAAGAGAUUUCAGGCGCCUUGGAAACAGCUGACCCAGCUUCCCAAAUUAGCAUUGAUAACUUUUGCUUCGCGUUCAGUUAAGGCUGUGUCAGUGAAAGCAGGUGGAAAUUUCAAAGUGCUACCUAAUAAAAUCAUAAGGAAAAUCAAUUCUCUAAGUAACAAGGAGGCCGUGACCUUCCAGGAUGUGGCUGUGAACUUCUCCAGGGAGGAGUGGGCUUUGCUGGAUCCAUCCCAGAAGAAGCUCUACAGAGACGUGAUGUGGGAAACCUUUAGGAACCUGGCUGCCGUGGACACAUUCACGUUGAAUAUCUCUAACCUGACAAUUGAGAGUUUGAAAUAUUCCAAUAUCUACAAUGUUGGUGGUACUCAUAUUAUGCCAGAGCUGACAUCUUUGAGGUAA